AUGGGCUACGGGCGCUUGUUGUUGCUACUAUUAGCAUCUUUCUUUCUCCGUCAUGAGUUUGCUUUUUCUUUUUCUUCGUUGGCACCUCAAUCAUGCCCCGAAGAUCAAAGUCUUGCCCUUAUAGAAUUCAACAAGACCCUCGUUGUAAAUGCCUCACUCGCAACUCUUAACUGUCAAUUCUAUGAGGCGCAGAAAGCUUAUCCAAGAACAAGUUCAUGGGUUAUGAGCAAAGACUGUUGCUCGUGGGAUGGAGUAAUAUGCGAUGAGAUGACCGGCCAUGUCAUCGAGCUUAACCUCAGCUGCAGCCAGCUUGUAGGGAACAUUGACACAAACAGCAGCCUAUUCCAACUCACUUAUCUCCAAAGGCUUGACCUUUCUGGGAACGACUUCUCUAAUUCACAGAUUUCACCUAAUUUUGGUAGGUUUACGAGCUUGACGCAUCUUGAUCUUUCCCACUCAUCUUUCUCUGGUCAAAUUCCUUCUGAAAUCUCUCAUCUUUCCAAAUUACAGUCUCUUGGUCUUUCUGGUGACUUUGCUUUAUUUUUUGAUGAUGAGCUAGGACUCCCACCUCACGAUUUUAAAUUGAUCCUUCAGAAUUUGACUCAACUAAGAGAGCUUGAUCUUAGAUAUGUGAACAUCUUUUCCUCCAUUCCUCUAAAUUUUUCGUCUCAUUUAACGACUCUGAAGCUAGGAGGUACAGGAUUGAAUGGGAUAAUACCUGAGAGUAUUUUUCACCUGCCCAACUUGCAAGUUCUUAACUUAGAAGGCAAUAAUGCCCUCAGUGGUAAUUUUUCGAAGACCAAAUGGAACAGCAGCAGAUCUCUCGUGGACUUAUCUCUCAGUGCAGUGAAUUUUUCUGGUGACUUUCUGCCCUAUUCUCUUGUCUAUGUAACUUCAUUGCAGUUCUUGGUGCUUUACUCUUGCAAUCUCUUGGGGCCGAUUCCAAAAUCUCUUUGGAAUCUCACCCAUCUGGAGUAUUUGGACCUACGGAAUAACCAUCUUGAAGGUGCUACGUUUCCUCCGUUUACAAAUGGACUGCAGAAUCUGAACACACUUUGGCUAUCAAAUAACUCCCUGAAUGGAGAAAUUCCAUCAUAG